GCAGUGCGUUUGUACAUUAAAGAGGAGAGGUGUUGUUUUGCUAGUUUGUUCCUGUGGUGUGUGUUCCUCUAAAGAUUUGCUGGUAUUUGUGGCCGGAUAGCGCUAAACCUUGUAACAAAUCUUUAUAGAAAUCGUCGAGUAUCUAUUUAAUUUCAUUUAAUACAAGUCGAGAGUCAGAUAUCGCGGAAAGAGCGCGAAUUGGAGGUCUUGAUGGACUUCCCUUCGCCAUGACACACUUCUUGGAAGAUCUUCGUCUCUCCUAUGUGCAACCUAAGAAAUACUCCUUGAAUAUACUUUAAAUAUCUCGGAAAUUGACGAAGAUGGAAUUUUACGAGCCGCAGUCUGUGCGUGCUGUAGCGAUAAGACCUCUAGACCCAGAUCGUAUCCUCAAUGAAAGUCUGGAAAAUAUCGCUGAUGGCCCUUCGACAGAUAGAUAUGGCUUCGUGGGAAAACACAAACAGGCUUCUGAGACAACUCUCCCAGUACAAGUGUUACGUGAAAGAGAGAUAAAGUGGCUAGAGAUGCUAAAUAAUUAUGAAAAAUGGAUAACAAAGAAAUAUAAAAAGUUAAGAGAGAGAUGCCGCAAAGGCAUUCCGCCAGCUGUGAGAGGUUUGGCCUGGCGGCAUUUGUCGGGUAGCAUAAAGAUGGAAAAGCAGAAUCCUAAUUUAUUUGAGGACCUUGCAAGCAAGCCCUCACCGGAGUGGGAAAACACGAUAGAGAAGGAUCUUUGCCGGGUCUUCCCAUAUCAUGAGCAGUUUACAGACACAGGCGGCCAGGGGCAAAAAGACCUGUUCAGAGUGUUAAAAGCCUACUCUUUAUAUGAUUCACAUACCGGAUACUGCCAGGCGAUGGCUCCUGUGGUUGCUGUACUGUUAAUGCACAUGACAGCAGAGGAAGCUUUCUGGUGCCUGGUAAUGAUCUGUUCCAAGUACCUUCCUGGGUAUUAUGGCCCUAAACUAGAGGCCAUUCAGCUUGACGGGGCCAUCUUUGGGGGCCUGCUCAGCAAAACCGUCCCUCAUAUAUCUAAACACAUGAAACAGCAUCAUAUAGACCCUCUGAUGUAUAUGACGGAGUGGUACAUGUGUCUAUUAGCAAGGAAUCUGCCUUUUGCCACUGUCCUUCGUGUUUGGGAUAUGUUUUUCUGUGAAGGUAUAAAGGUACUUUUCAGGACAACAAUAGCAAUUAUGAAAAUUAUGCUUUCACCACGGGAGCUUCGCAAGUGUCAGGGUUUAUUUGAGACAAAUGAAAGACUUAGACAUCUUGAGGGAAUGCAGGAGGAUGUGCUAAUACCUGUGUCGCUCACCAUAAAGUUAUCAGAGAAAGACAUGCGGAGGGAACACGAGCAACAGCUAGAAAAGCGAUCCGCGUCCAGAUGAAGGGAGUGAGAUCACAAGAUGACUAAACCUACCGACUGCGCAGCGUGUGUCCUCUUUGUAUUUCCAGUGAAAAACAGAGAAAAACACAGUGAGAAAAACAGCGGCAAGCUCGACGAAAAUUAUUGUCCGCACAAAAGGGAGAACUUGCCGAACAUCUCCCCGGUUUCCUCAGUUUCUCUGGAUUUUUUUCCUUGCAAACACGACGGGAACGCUUACUACGCAGGUUGUCAAACCUAGAGCUUCAACGAGGAACAAGAAGUAGGCGGGUAGAUAGAUUGUAAAUAGAAUAGAAUAGAAUAGAUAAAACAGGUAGACCAUUGCAAUAUUAAAUAACUGAUCUGAUCCUAGCAAGCCCUUAUACUGGAAUUUUAGGCAGGGAGGCAUUGGGGAGGAGGUAGGGAUGGAAAAAGCUGCCAGUCAUGAAUUUGCCCUGCAAUUAAGUCUGCACAAAAGACAAAUCCGGAGGGGUAAUAAACGGUCCAAGAAAACUCACUGUUUCACUCCUGGAAUCCCAAAUUCUUGGAAUCUCGUUUUUUUUUUCUCUGCAUGUCCGGAAAUUUUAAUCUUCAGGGUUAAAAUGUUGAUCUCAUUACUCAAACAAAUUUAAAUCUUCAGGGUUAAAAUGUUGAUCACUUAUUACUCAAACACUGAGAAUUAGGCGCCUAGCUAGGUAUUUGUAGGCACCACGGGUAUGUGUAGCCUCCGCGACCUCCAAAACGUGGUCCUUUACUCAUUAAAAUGUCGCCAAUGUUAGAUAUUUUAUAUAUCUAUGCUUGCGCGCUCCCCCGUUCAGUUAAUCAGCUACGCACCUGAAAAUAUAUCACUUCUCACUAUGAUCUACCACACGCCCGGCUUUCUCUCUAAAAUAAUUCUUUGGGAAAAUGACAUGAUGAUGACGACGAUAUUUUUUAAAAUCUCGAACUUGAAUUUUUUAAUAGUGUUCUCGGGAAAUCUCGCGUUCAUAAAUCCAUUGAACGAAAUGUAUACACUAAAAAACUUUUAAAGCUCUUUCGUAUUAUUUUUGAGAAUGAUGUGAUUAAUUGGCAUUACGGGCCUAGUGCUGUUUCGAAUUUAUUUAUUUAGAAAUUAUGUAAAUAUAAUAAAUUGCCUUAUGAAGUUUACCGACUAGAAAGACUUGGGGAAAAUAAUAAUAAAGAUAGCUGUUGAGUUAAGUAUCAUAUCAAUAAAAAAUAAACUUAUAUAAUUCUUUAGCUAUCUUCCGCUGCCAAUUAUUUUGCUUAUGCUAUUUUACUUUAAAUCUCAUCUUAUUUUAUCAAGUAAAUGCAAAAGUCCAGAAGGCUUUUGUAGUAACUGUGACUAACGUACUAUUUUCUUGUCAUGUUUUUUUUUUUUUUUAAGAUCUUGAAAAAUAAAGGACCUCUUUACCAUG